AUGACGGGUGACAAUUCCGUUUUCGUAAUCGCUCACCAUGGCCGCCUGCAAAAGUACUUCGACGCGAAAGGGAUUCGCUACGGUGUUCAAUGGCAGAUAGCGCGAUUGGUCACGAUGGGGCAUAUGUCAUAUGAAGAUGUUGCCAUCCCUGAGCUAGACAGACUCAAGGGUCCCAAUCAGCUUGCAGCCCCGCUGGUAGACAAUCUUUACGGUGGAAGCAGCGGUGAAAAUGUUGAAGUAUCAGAGGUUUUUUUUAGCAGGGAGAGGGAAGCGACGUCACCUUGGAAAGAACUCGACCACGAGUACGAACGUGCAAACUCGCAGGAGCGGUUUCACAGACAUCCGGAUGGAUGGUAUGGCGGCAGAGUUCACUUCUCUGCAUCGCUGAAGCUGUACAACUAUGUAUUGAAAGGCUCGGAGUCCAGCAACUACAAGAUUGUCCUCAACAGACCUGAACUCGGCUGCUCAACGCGUCUCUCCCGCCAGUUUGGCUCUUAUGCAAUCAUCCGGGUCCGUGUAGCACGCAAGGUGAUGAACAAGGCGCGCCCCGCACUAAUCGCUUUUUUUUCUCAACGCUUCUUGCUAUGCGGCAUCGUCUAUCGUGCGUUUUAUGCGAAGGAUAGUAGCGUCUUCCUUGGCGCAACCAAUGAACUCCUUGAAUCAUUACCUUGCCUGCCUCUGCAUGCAUGUCCCCCUCCCCCAUCAUUCAUGAAUUUCUUGAAUUGGCAUAACCCCAUCGAAGUCAAUAGCUCACAGUCAAUGGCUAAAUGGGCAUCUCGUUUUGCUCUUGGGUUGUCAAACUCCGUCCCUGGAAUUGACCUGAACCCAAAUGACAUUUUACCCGCUGACGACAUAGUUGCUGGUGACUCGGUCAUGACUGAUGGUUGUGGUUUCAUCAACUUGGCAGCUAUGAAGAAAAUGUGUGCCAUUUUUAAUUGGGAUACUUGCCCCACUGCAAUACAGUGCAGGAUAGCAGGUGCAAAGGGACUCUUGAUUGUCCACCCUGACUCAUUUACCAAUAAUUCUGAGCCACCCUGUGUCUGGCUUCGGCCAUCACAGAUCAAGAUAAAAUAUCCUGUUGGCAUUCCACUGCCAAAGGCACAGGUCACUAUUGAUGUCCUAAGAUCAUCCCACUUGUGCUGCCCUUCCUGCUUAUCUGCUGAGAUUAUUGUCAAUUUGGCUGAGAAUGGAGUCCCUUAUGGUGUCUUCCUUGACCUAACCAGGCAGAACUUGGAUGACAUUGUGGACAAACUUCUUGCAUGGGAUGGUCCAUCUGCAAUGUUUGAACUUUGGUGUCAUGUGGCACAGGCAGGAGGGGUAAUUGGUGCAAGGAAGGCUCGUGAGGCAGCAGGUGAGGCAAGGAUGAGGGGUUUGUCUGAGAAAGGUGAUGAGGAGGAUGAGGAGGAUGAGGAUGACCUUGAAAGCUUUGGGUAUUCUCCACAAUCAGCUGCAUGGUGGGCAGAUGAGCUAAGUGGAUGUCCCUCAUCCAUAGCUGAAACCAUUCUGGUCAUGCUUGAUGCUGGGUUCAUACCACAAGAUUGUCCUUAUCUUGCUGACAAGAUCAAGAAUUUUGCCAGGAGUUCUGUGAAAACUUAUGUCAAGCACCCCAGGUUGGAAGUGAGCAUGUCAUGCACAGCCUGGAUGGUACCAGACCCCUGUGGGAUCCUAGCCCCUGAUGAAGUUCAAAUUCUCACAAGGGAUGCCAAGUUUCUCCAACCAGAUGGCACUGUCUCCCACUUUGUUGUGGGAGAUGUUUUGCUUGCACGUUAUCCUUGCAAAUUGCCAACAGAUGUACGAAAGGUCACAGCAGUAGUCAAACCAGAAUUGAGCAAUUAUGUCGAUGUCAUUGUUUGUCCUGUUCAAGGAUCUCGUCGCUUUGCAGAUAUCCUUGCUGGUGGUGACUAUGAUGGUGACAAGGCUAUUGCAAUAUGGCAACCCACCAUUGUUGCUUCUUUCAAGAAUGCAUCUCUUCAUCACUCUUUUCCACCAGGAGACCUACUCAGCAACUUCAACAAGGAUGGUUGUUCUGUGUCUGAUUUGAUCAAGGAGCAUGAAUUCCAUCCCUCUAUGACAGGAGCAAGGAUCCAGUCUUUCCUUCUUGGUGGUUUGCAAUCAAAUACACUAGUUGGAAAGUAUUCCAACUUCCAUGAUGUGGCUAUCUACACACUAGGCUACAACCAUAAGGAGACUAUCCGUCUUGCAUACAUGUUUUGCCAUGUUCUUGACUCCACAAAGUCUGGCUUAACAGUGCUACCUGAAGUCCUGCAAAGGGAUAUGCACAAAUACCAGAAACGUGCUCCUUCAUGGAAGGAGACAGAUGAAGAGGCCACUCUGCACGAGCAGAAUGAGCUCAAUGUCAGUCGUCCUCAUACACUCCCAGAAUUCAUCAUGGAUGCUAUCACAAGAGAGGCCAGGUGCUAUGGCAAUAUCAAGUUGUCAAAAGUGCAAUCGGUGGUCCCUGAAGCAACUUUCAAGGAUACCGCACUUUUGAAACCUUGGGACGAUGCUAAAGAAAGGGUAGCCAGAAUGCGGUUAUUGGAUCAAGAUCAUGCAGCUCGAAUGGACUUAGAACUUUCUCGCAUCCAAGCCCACGUGGAGGAGAUCUUUCCAGAGUACAAGGUCAAAGUCCGCUCAGGAGGCUUCACGAUGCACAAGAUUGAGCGCCGUCAGGAUAUUCUUCGCGGUCUCACACGGCAGUUUGCCAGGAACCCCACUCCAGAGUGCCUGUGCUUCUCUGAGUACGAAUUGGCUCACCUGAAAGCAUCAUACGCAUACAAGAUUGAUCCAGAGGGAAAGUUCCCGUUCUGUGUUGCAAUGAGGGAUAUGGGGUACAUCAAGGCUCGGAGUCGGGGUCCAUCAAAAGCAGUAUCGCACGUGUUUUACGAUAAGUUCACCAUCAAAAAAUCGCUCUUUCGUUAA